GGAAUUCGUGCUAAAAUAUUUUCCCGCUGUAAGACAUAGAGUCUAGAUCUAUUUAGGUUUAGAUUUUAGAUCUAGACUAUGAUCUAGAUCUCGAUUUAGUCAGAUUUCAUAAAUCAAGUUCCACUGUAGAUCUUGAUUCGAGGUUAAUUUUUUAUUAUAACCUAGGCUAUAUGAGGUUAUUUCCAAGUGAACAAAGAAGCGUCUGUUUGACCCCCAGCUAAAGCAUCCCAGAAUGGCAGAAUCUGUAUCCAUUAAUUUAGGCACUCCACCAAACAAGAAGGUCGGAGCAAGUGCUAAAGAUUUAUUAACAUGGCCGUACCAUAAGAUCGUUCGUUUGUUCGACAAUGGUCAGAAGGUGCUCCUCAAGCCAGAGCCAGACUCUGAUUACUCUUAUUCUAAAAACCAACGAGUCGUGAAAUCAGCGAAACGAAAGCAACAGUUGGAAAAUGAACAAAACUUAGAAAAAGAACUUUGCGCAGAAACCAAGAGCAGAUGUCAAAACAAUGGACCAGAAGACGAGAAGUUGAUGAAUGCAGUGACCAUGGAAAGAUAUAAAGAGGCGGAGGACAUUUUAUCGAGCCAGACCAUGGUGUGUUCUCAGGAAGCUCUGGACAGAUCAUUCAUGAUUGCAGCCUACAACGGUCAGAAACUUGCACUCGUUCUGCUUCUUAAUUAUAAAGCUAAUCCGAAUUGGGUAGAUAAAAGCGGGAACACUCCUCUGAUGGUAUGUGCCCUGAAUGGGUUCUUGGAAAUAGUUAGAAUUUUGAUCGACAAUGGAGCCAAUGUGAAUGAACAGAACAGUUCUGGAGACACGGCUUUGAUCUUAUCCAUUAGAAAGUCGGGCUCUGCAGAAAUGGCUCGUUUGCUGUGUACACCUGCUAACGUCAAUCUAAAAAAUAAAGAUGGAUACACUGCUCUAAUGAAAGCAGUUGACACUGGAGACCUAGGCACGUUAAACGUCUUAAUUUUCAAUGGCGCCAACACAUCUGACGUCAGAGAGGGAAAGGCAAUCACAGAAAUGGCCGAGCGAAAGGGAAUACUGAAGUUUCUUAACGUUUUUAUUGAAUGUAAAGCUUCUAAACAACCAUCUAUAAUCGGUGCAGUCAAAAGCAGAGAUUACUCUAUCAUUGCGACGUUUCUUACCUUUGAUAAAAACUGUGUUAAAAUGAGAAGUUCAAACGGAGAGUCUGCAUUGGAGGUUUUGCUAGAUUUAGUUUUAUCUGAGCACAAUGGUCUGUCGUCUGCUGAUAAAGAGAUAUGUAAACUUUUGAUCCUUAAUGGAGUUGAUGUCAAUUUAAAUAAAACAAAAUUCAAAGUUGGAAUAAAUCAGAAUAAAGGUGACAGCCCCUUAGUGAAAGCUGUUCAAACCGGUGACCUUGACUUAGUGAGGUGGCUUUGUUUCAAAAGUGCGGACUUGAAUGAAAUAAUUUGCUUUGAACAGUUGACACCUUUAAUGAUGGCUGCCAAGGAAGGUUUCGUAGACAUUGCCUGUUUUUUACUCUCCAAACAAGCAAAUGUUGAAGUCAAGGGUAGAGAAGGAACAGCUCUAGACAUAGCUGUCAAAUACAAAAAAAUGGAAUGCGCCAAAAUUCUUCUAGAAGAAAAAGUCAAAAGAGGACUGCUUGAUGCCUGCAAGACAGCUAUAGAGUACAAGGAAGUCUGCUUAAUGGAACAUCUUCAUGACAAAUUUACUCUUGACAGUAAAGAGGUCCGCCUGAUGGAGUGGACUAUAGAGUCAGGUAGCAAAGAGAUUUUGAAUUUUCUUAUUUCAAAAGGGGCAGAUGUGAAUUCAAAAAUUUUAAAACGAAGUCCCAAUUCUUCUACUCAAGCACUCAACUUUGUCUACCCUUUGCACUUGUGUGUGGCCAAUGAAAAUCUCGACCUGAUCAAAGAGUUAGUACAGUCUGGGGCUGAUGUCAAUAUCGUAGACGCCAACGGAGAUACGCCCCUCUUUCACGCAUGCGCUAAAAACAGUUUGGGGAUUAUAAACUAUUUAUUAUCAAAUGGCGCUAAAAUUAAUGCUCAGAACAAUUUCGGCAAAACUCCUAUGUUUGUGGCAGUAGAGAAAAAACAGCUGGAACUUGUGAACGUGUUACUGGAACAUGGAGCUGAUAUAAACAUUUGUGACGAGGCCAAAGAUACGCUAGUGUCCAAAGCUAUCAAGUGUCAAAGUUCAGAUAUCGUCACCCUUCUGUUGAACCGCGGCGCAGACACGAAUGCCAUCACAAAAGAUGGAGAUACGAUUUUAACGCUGCUGCUGAAGACUCUGAAGAAUUCGUUCGAGCGGGAGAAAGUGGAGAACAUAUUUAAGAGCUCUCUCCAACAAACUGUGGACAUCAACAGGAAGGACGUUCACGGAAACACGGCGCUGAUCAUCGCCUGCAAACCGGAAUACACCUGGCUCGGGGCGGCAAGACUCCUCUUGGAACAAGGUGCCGACGUCAACAUAAUUAACGAUCGUAACGAGUCCGCUCUAUCGGUUACCUUGUCGAAAGGGGAUCUCGACCUGACGAAACUUCUUUUGGAGAACAAGGCGACUUUUCAUUUGCCUGCGCACUGCCAAGAAGCGGUGCACUUGUUCAUCACCGAGAAUCGCCCAGAGAUCAUCCCGCUAGCACUGGGCCAAGGCGUGUAUCCGUUUCUGAUCAAGCCGACUUUCUCUUGUGGACAUAUAUUUCAUUGUAUCCACAUGUUCGGUAACACCGAUCUGACGCCUCUGACACUGGCCCUGCUGGAAGGACGCUCUUCCGUAGUUCUUUAUUUAAUUCGGACACGUUUCCUGACCAAAUUUGACAUCACAGAUAUCUUGAGCAAGUGCCUUUCCCGAAACACUAUUCUGCAAAAGAAAAAAAGCGAACUGUUCAAGAACCUGCUCUCUCUGACCACCCUCAGCUUUGUCCAAGUCUCUGAUUCACUCGGCGCUACGCCAGACAGGGAAAUAAAAGUCAACCAACUGCCACUGCCGAACAAAAUCAAAGAACAACUUUUGUUUCGAAAUUUGAAAGUGAAGAUGGAGUCACCCUAAAUUUUUCAUGCGUACAUCAAUUGUUUCAUGGGGUAUUCUAAAUGUUUCAUGGGCACUUCAAAUAUUUCAUGGUACCCUGAAUUUUUCAUGCCUUUUUUUUUUUUUACUUCAUAAUAAUUUGUUCAUUUUAUGAAAAUGUAAUAGUUUUGACACUUGUCUUAAAAAGUAAAGAACUUGUAAGAGAUGUUUGGCUUGCAGUAUAUAGUUUUAUCUCGCACUAGUACAUAAGUUAUAUCUACUCAAAUGCUGUUGUUUUUCCCUAGUCAAGUGUGAUAUGACUCGUUUGUGACAAACUUUCAAUGAUCCACAUGGAGGUCAUACACUAGAUUGAUCUUUACAUUGAAAUUGCCAUCUUAAUAAAUGGCUUAUUAUUUAUCGUAGGUCUAAUUAAUUAAAAGCUAUAAUAAAUUGUAAUAUUUAGAAAGAACAGUAAAUGCCGUGUAUUUACUGUGUAAACUUAAGGAAGCCAUAUUUUAAAUUGUUCUAGAUUUUCGGUUGUGAUUAUUUUGUAGGCCAUUUCUCGCAUAUUUUAUCUAUUAUUUUAGAUCCUUAUUACCAGAGAUUCCAUUUCAUUUUGUUAAAGCUUAUUUUUGUUUGUUUGAUGAAUGCCAUUGAAUGAUCAAAUUGGGUUCCAAGACUUGGAUGUCACGUGGUAGUCAGGAUGACGUUUUUUUUUAAACGUCUGCUUCUAUUGUUUUUGUUGUCCAAGUCUCUGGCGUUCUUUCAGAACUGAAGAUUGGUUCGUUCUUUUCAAAUCUUUUGUAGGACGGCAGGGUUCGAACUGAGAUCAUCAAAUCACGACAGCACUGCUUGAUCUGUGACACUGUUCUCUCUAAAAGGAAGACAUAUUUUUUUAAUUACAUUCGCAUGUUUUGUUUCAGUGCUUCGAUGAUUACACAUUUUAAAAAUUUUGAUUCUUCGGUCUCAAAAUGUUCCUCUACUUACAAUCAUUGAUAAUGUUUCAAUAGUUUCGCCUGUGUGUGUGUGUAUUUGUGUACCGGUACUCUAGAUAUCCUAUUGUUGAACAUGUCCAUGUUUGGUUCAGCAUGACAUUAUGCUACAGUUGUUGACAGAUGUGUGUUACAGACUACAAGAGAUUGCCUAAGGGUAUGCAUGAAGGUAGAGCCGCAUCUGAUGAAAUAAUUCACAACAUUACACUGAUUGUUUUGUAUAUUUUUUUACGAACUUUUGAACACUGUUCUAUUUGCAUUGUUGAUUAAAGAGAAUUUGUUUUUUAAA